ACACCCACCGCGCACGAACGAACACGACGGCCGUUCCCCCCCGACGCCGAUGUCCGCCGCAUCCGCCCUCGCCGCCGCUCCUCCUCCGGCUGAACCUAGCUGAAGUCCGGUCAGCGCCACUCCUUUACCCCGCCGAUUUCCCCACUCCGCCUCCGCCGCUAUUCCACCGCGCCGAUGUCUCGCCUCCGCCUCCUCCGCCGCAGCUCCUCCUCCACCACACUGAUACCCCUCCUCCGGCUCCUCCGCCGCUGCUCCACCUCCACCUCCACGUCGCCGCCCUCACGCUCCUGGUCUCCCCGAGACGCCUUUGUUGCGGCCAUAGAGCGUGUUCGCGCCAGGACGCUCAGCCCGGAAGACGCUCACCACCUGUUCGACAAUUUGCUCGGUCAGGCCACCCCGGUCCCCGUGCGCACCCUGAACGGCUUCUUUGCCGUCCUCGCCCGUGCCACGUCCUCUGCCGCCUGCAUCCGAGAUGGCCCCGCCCUUGCCGUCGCUCUCUUCAACCGCGUGUGCCAAGAAGAGGCCGGUCCGCGUGUGGCGACGCCCACAGUCCACACCUAUGGCAUCCUCAUGGACUGCUGCUGCCGCGCGCGUCGCCCGGACCUAGGGCUCGCCUUAUUCGGCCGCUUCCUCGGGACAGGCCUGAGGACAAACGAGAUCGUCGCCACCACCUUCCUCAAGUGCCUCUGCUGCGCGAAACGGACAGAAGAGGUUGUGAAAGUACUGCUUCACAGAAUGCCCGAGCUGGGCUGUGUGCCUAAUGCCAUCUCGUACUCCAUAGUUUUGAAAAGCUUGUGUGAAAAUAGCAUGAGUCAGCAGGCACUCGACCUGCUCCAGAUGGUAGGGAAAGAAGGAGGCUGCCUUCGUGAUGUGGUGGCAUAUAACACAAUCAUCCAUGGCUUCUUUAAGGAGUGCGGAAUAGACAAGGCAUGCCAUCUAUUCCAUGAAAUGAUGCGGCAAGGGGUUGUGCCGACUGUGGUGACAUACAACACAGUAAUUGAUGCGUUGUGCAAGGCCGGAGAAAUGGACAAGGCAGAGCUAGUCUUUCAGCGGAUGGCUCGUAAUGGUGCGCAGCCCAAUAAAGUGACAUGUAAUGGCAGUAAAUUUAGUUCACUGACUGACGGAUAUUGCUCAGUCGGCAAGAUGGAUAAAACAUUCAAACUGCUUGAUGCCAUGGUAUCAGUUGGAAUUGAGCCUGAUGCUGUUACUUAUAGUGCACUUCUUGAUGGCUAUUUUAAAAAUGGAAGGAUCGAUGAUGGUUUGACUCUAUUUAGAGAAAUGUCGUGCAAGGGAGUUAAACCAACAACUGUGACAUAUGGCAUCAUACUGGAUGGUUUAUAUCGUGCUGGGAGAACUGCUGCUGCCAAGAAAAUGUUUGAUCAGAUGAUCAAAAGUGGAAUAACAGUGACCGUUUCCAUAUACACUACUCCCUCCUUUCCGGUUUAUAAGGCAUAUUUCAACUUUUUUGUUUUUCCAAUUUAAAGGGCUUAUCUCCAUCUCAUUUUUAGUUUUCGAGGCGCAUUAAAUCUUUGCAUGCAAGAAUUAAAAAGGAACACACCAAUGCAUGUAAUGUUCCUACUCAUCUAGUGGCCAAGCAUGCAUGCACUACAAUUAAUCCAAAUUAAUGCAAGAGUUUAAUUUGAGUGGUUUUGUAAAGUAUGAGAUAGAUUCCUCCACUCACAAAAUGCCUUGGUUGAUGAGAUUUCAGAUUUGAGCCCUAAAAACCGGAAAGGAGGGAGUAUAAUUCUUAGAGGACUUUGUAAAAAUAAUUGCGCUGGCGAAGCAGUCACCAUGUUCCAGGAAUUAGGUGCAAUGAAUGUGAAGUUCGAUAUUAUAACACUCAAUACCAUGAUUAAUGCCAUGUACAAGGUUCAGAGAAGAGAAGAAGCUAAAGGUUUGUUUGCUGCAAUAUCAGCCAGUGGGUUGGUGCCUGAUGCUUAUACUUACAACGUAAUGAUAAACAAUCUUCUAAAAGAAGGAUCAGUGGAAGAAGUUGACAAUAUGUUUUCAUUGAUGGAGAAGAGUGGUUGUGCUCCCAGCUCUCAUCUUGUAAAUGAUAUCACCAGAAGGUUGUUGGGAAAAGGUGAGAUUGCCAAGGCUGGAAAUUAUUUGUCUAAAGUUGAUGGGAAGAUCAUCUCACUUGAAGAUUCAACCACUUCAUUGUUGUCGUCUCUUUUUUCAAGCAAAGGGAAAUAUCGGGAGAACAUCAAGUUACUUCCUGCAAAUUAUCACGUUUUAGAUGGAUUUAGUCGCAUUGCACAUGAGAAUAACUCCUAAGAAAGCACGGUUCAACUCUUUUCUUGCCAUAAGGCCCUCCUGCUAGUACAAGAUAUCUUAGUGGCCUGCUUUGUACCUUCAAUAUUUCAUUGAGUUCAUUUUGUGAUGUGUCAAAGUCACAAGAAUGUGUAAUGUCUAUAAAUCUUUUGAUCUUCGAUGGGCAAGGAAAGGUAGACCAAGUAGUCUAAUUCCAUUGGUGGUAUGAUGUAAUGACUUCGUAAGAAUUUUUGGGGUAAUGACUUCUGAUGCUAUUUGGGAAGGAAAAACGGGUUCUUGAAGAAUGUAUGUCUGAGGUUGCUGAUGCUAUGUUGAGUUAGCAGAUAUAUGAGCUCAUGCCAGAGUCUCCUGUACUCUAUGCUGUCAGUUCCACUGGUGGAGCUUGUUACAUACAGGUAAAGGUAUGGCCAAGAAUUCACCGGUGUGUGCUUUCUGAUUCAAUCUGCUGGAUGCCAACACCACCUCGGGUCCUGCACUUUCAUGGGGAUGAGGUGCCACCGCCAGCCUUGCAUUGAUGCACUGCACUUACUUCCCCUCUUCAGCCUAAGGAACACUAUCCUGCAGUGGUUCUUCUUUUCCAGACCUGCGCCUACUGAGCAGAGACUUGAGGAAUUUCUUGCUCUUCUUCAGAGUCUGCUCGCUUUCCUUGGAAUCAUCAUUGUACCUAUCAGCGUAUGACCGCAGCGGCACCAAUCUCUUGGGAUCUGAAGCUGUCUGCAUCUUCAGCAACAUUAUCAGAAGGCGGCAUGAAGCGCGGAUGCUGUGCUGGAGAGGAUGAACAUGCGCUCUGAGAAGGUGCUCGGGCAAUCGACCGGAGCUUGCUGCAAAUGAUAAUUGUUAGUUUGGCAGCUCAACUGCAAAGUAAGAAACCCAAGCUGAUUUGUAGUUUGCAAACUGAAACUGACCGAAAUGAAGCUUGCUUGUCUUUGCUUUUCGUUUGAGCUGCAGAUGCUGCUGCUGCCAACACGUAGGCAUUUCAGGUCGAAAUCAAGUUUAAGAUACCCAAUACAUGUCCACCAUUUUUAUGGAUUGCAGAUCCUUACCGCGGAAGGCCUGAUGCAUCUGUGUAGUCCUGCUCUUGACCUUAUUCAUCUCGCUGAAGUUGGGCACGGCAUUGGGAACUGAGCCAUCUCCUGCUGAAACCACUCAAGUAAGACAUCAAGAUGUCUCACCCAAGUUUGACCCUCAUCCACUUUUCUUGCUUCUUGAAUGUGCCGACAGGCUAGAAUACAGAGCCACAUGAAAGGCACAAAGGUAUCUUACGGCCACUUACCUGGUAAGAUGUACCUCUUGUGAUACUUUGGAGCGGCGAUCACCAAGGAUUGCUGCGUCAGGCCUUCUCUGUUCACGCAUGCUUGGAUCGCUUGAGCUCUCUGAAACCAACCGCCUCGUUAAUCCGAAGGCAUAUUGCAAGGAAAUUACUGCUGAAUGUAGGAUGCACCAACAGAAACCUGCUGGAUGCAAGAGACCCGCAGAUUGGCUUCGGCCACCUCGUCGAACCUUUGAUCGACAAGGCUGGAGACUUUGAAGGAUAUGGACCCUAGGUGAUCUACGGUGUUGACGAGGGCCUUCACAGCAUACUCCUUGAGGAGGAAGCAAUGGGUAUAUGACGUACGCCUGCUUCCCGCCUUCCUGUGUGUAGGCUAGCUCGAAAUACUCUGCUGCAGAAUACAGUUGCGGCCGCAGAGCCUUGAGAUCCUGCAUAGAGAGAGAGAGAGAUUGUUGCUGACGUGAAAAUACCCAAGCAGAGUCCUAAGAUUGUAGGGGAAGAGAAGAACACAGGUAUAAUUUGAAGGAUAAACAUACCUUGAUUGUUUCAGAGAAGAUGAAUGCCUCCUCCAUCUGCACCUCCUCCAUGGUGCCGCCCCUUCGCCGGAGAGGCCCCGCUGCUUCCACCAUUCCAACCAACCCUCAGUUUCGUUCCCUCUCUCAAGUCUUCUUUGAUCAGGAAGCUGGAUGAUAUUAUAUGGCGAUGUUGGUGCAGAAGAGGAGAAGCACUCAUGGUGAUGAACUCAGCCAGCUGGGAGGAAGAAGGCCGCAUGAGUUAAGGAGGAGGAGGAGGCGUGUCAUUAGCACGAUAGGUAUUUGACUGAAGAAUAGUUUAUGGUGAUGGCCUGGCAAUGGCAGGAACAGCUAUAUAUAAUAAUGCCAUUCAUGGCAAGGCAAGGCAACAAACAGGAGACCCUUUUUUCUUCCUUAUAGGCAAUUAAGGCAACAUGAGAUCCUUUUUUUUAGGUAAUUAGGGUGAUAACAACCCCUCUACUCACUCUGCUGGAUGUUGACUGCAUAUGCAGCAUAUUGACGGCAGAUGGUCCUGCGUACUCCCUAUAUAAACUAAUAUAAGAGCGUUUAGAGUACUAAAAUAGUGAUCUAAACGCUCUUAUAUUAGUUUACAGAGGGAGUACUUACCUAGUUGUAUUAUCAACAAGUGUACAUGUACCCAUGAGGCUCUGGUCCAUUCAUCUAGAGCAAGGAGCAGUCAGCAAAGGGGUGCCAGGAGGGCAGGUACUGCAGAGUGGAGUGAAGUUGGUAGGGCUAGCCACUGAUUUAAUCACACCAGUGUCGAGGUGGUUAGCCAGUCAGUCAAGAUGCUUUUUGGCUCACACUGUGCAUGUAGGGCAAGCAAAAGAGAGAAGGCAGGGUGGGAUCUGGUUGGGAUGCUGGACCGGAGGCUUGUUUCCCUUCUUCUUUUUUCUGCUAGACGAUACCCCACACGAUUGUCGUGGAAAUGUUCUGCAAUAUAUUUCAAUGAAACUUGUUUGUAUGAAAUAUGAGUAUUUGAAGUAAUAAUAUUAAAACU